AUGCGUGUCAAAUUCGCUCAUUACUCUAACUACUGUCUAUUACGGAUCAUCACAUUUUUCUUAGACAAUUACUAUUCCAGUUCUGCCGUACCGCAUGUUAGUGACGAUUUCAUAGAGGCACCAGCCUUCUUCUAUGAUAUGGACUACGAUCUCAAAGAUUUAAACACGGCCUUAAAAGGGGCAGAGUUCCUACAGGAUUCCGGCUAUCAAUCAGUUCUGGAGCGAUCGGCUCAUCCGUUCACGUCCAGCAUUGUCGACGAUAUUCUCAGCGAGGGUAGCGAUCCGGCUAAUGACGAGGACUGGGAUGGGUUCGUGACUGUCGGUGAGGAUCGAGUACGGAUCAAGGAUAUGUCAGAUAUACUUGCCUCACGAUAUGCAUUUCUUACAAGCGCUCGCACCAACGAAGGCAUGUCGAUAAUAACAUUUCCGGAUUCUCGAACCGUUUUAUCAUUCGAGGAUUACCAGACCUUGAUUACGUACUUGCUGCAAGUUCCACCGCUAGAAGACAGCCACAAAGGAUUUGUGGUGAUUGUGGACCGACGAAAUGACAAAUGGUCCUCUGUCAGAGCGCUCUUCCUCCAAAUCACCUCAUACUUCCCAGGAACGAUAAGAGUAGUCUUCUUGUUGAAACCAGAAGGCGUACUACAGAGGGCGCUUGAAGUUGGUUACCGAGCCAUAGCUGAAAAUUGUUCAUUCAAGGUAAUUACCUGUGACUCUUCCGUUGAGUUGAGGCGAUUUUUGAGAGCCGAGCAACUUACAAUGGACAUUGGAGGCCUCAUCAAAUACAAUCAUUUGGAAUGGGUCCAACAUAGAAUGGAUAUCGAGCGUAUGAAAUCAUCAGCAUCGGCUAUAGCACAGUCGUUAAGCGACUUUGGCCGAGUACUUCGUGAAACAGAACUCCCCAACGAUGUCGAAACCACAGCCAGAAUACUGCAGAUUCAAACUGCGGAAAGGGAUGCGAUCAAGGAAGACUUUCGAAUAUCCGUGCGUAAGGGAUUGUCGUUGCUGCGUGCGGUACGACAGAUCGAGUCGAAACCCAAACACGAACUGCUCAGUCCAACCAGAUUGCACAAUGUCACCGCCAUCGAACGGAUGCUCGUUCAACUAGGUAUGUACCAUUUUGUUAGAAAUAGUUUAAGCUCUAUUGAUUUUCUGUUGAUGCUGCCACGGGAAUGCAUUUUAUGGCUUGCGUUAUUCAUAACCCGGUUGGACCUUCUCAAGGAUACACGAAGCACCGAUAACCUCCACAUCCUUACAAAAUGA